CCUUUGGCAUGAGAACCGCCUACCUACGCUAACGUAACUAAUGCAGAUGGCGGAAGUUAGUAGUUCUCCUAUGCCAACAUGAACACAAACGAAAUCGUCGAAUUUCGUAUAGAAAGAAAAGGAACCACUUCUAUUCUCUUUUCUUAAGUAUAAGAGGGAUAAGUACUUAUUCCUGGCCGGCGGUAUCAUUGCUGCUCCCCGCCUAAUGCGGAUCAUUGUGCAAUGCUUAUGUGAAAUCUCAAUCCAAAACUUAUUCGUUUCGUUGGAAAAACCAACGCCGAUCUAAAACUAAGUCUUCCUUUCAAAAGUGAGUGAGCAGAGCUGAAAAAGAUGGAGUUACCUGGAGAUGAGAUUUCUUUCUACGGAUAUGAAGGAUAGAAAUAUGCUAUUUGCUGCUAUUCCAUCUAUUUGUGCAUCAAGUCCGAAGAAGAUCUCAAUCUAUAAUGAAGAAAUGAUAGUAGCUCCUUGUUUUAUAGGCUUUCUCAUAUUCAGUCGGAAGAGUUUAGGUAAGACUUUCAAAGAAACUCUCGACGGGAGAAUCGAGUCUAUUCAGGAAGAAUUGCAGCAAUUCUUCAAUCCUAACGAAGUAAUUCCGGAGGAAUCCAAUGAACAACAACGAUUACUUAGGAUCAGCUUGCGAAUUUGCAGCACCGUAGUAGAAUCAUUACCAAUGGCACGCUGUGCGCCUAAGUGCGAAAAGACAGUGCAAGCUUUGUUAUGCCGAAACCUAAAUGUAAAGUCAGCAACACUUCUAAAUGCCACUUCUUCCCGCCGCAUCCGUCUUCAGGACGAUAUAGUCACAGGUUUUCACUUUUUAGUGAGUGAAAGAUUUGUAUCCGGGUCUACAUUCAAAGCUUCUACCAUAGACCUAAUUCGAGAAGGCUUGAUAGUCCUAAGAAAGGUGAGGGUGGGGGGUUCUAUUUAGGAAGAAUAAGAAGAAUCUCAUUCAUGUGUUCAUGCUAACAGAAGAGCGGAUCCAAUACACAUAAGACUUUUUUUCAGGAAAU